CACAUCCGGGAAGGGGAGCCCUAAUCUCAAGGCCGCGGCUGCGAGCGCUCCCCCUCUCCUCGUCCCUCCUCCCCCCAGCCGCCGCCACACGCCCGCCGAGCUCGCCGGCGCUCCCUCCCUCUCUCUCUCCGCUCCUCCGUUCCUCCUCGGCGCGCGCUCCGGGUUCUCGGGAUGGAGGCCGAGGCGGCGGCCAAGAGGGCGAGGGAGACCGCGGAGGACGCCGUGGCGGCGGGGGCGGGGGCCGGGGCGGCCGCCGGGGCCGGCGAGCAGGCGGGCAUCUCCGCCGUCAUCCCCGGGUGGUUCUCCGAGAUCAGCCCCAUGUGGCCCGGUGAGGCGCACUCGUUGAAGGUGGAGAAGGUGCUGUUCCAAGGGAAGUCGGACUACCAAAAUGUCAUGGUUUUCCAGUCCUCUACGUACGGCAAGGUGCUCGUGCUGGAUGGAGUGAUUCAGGUUACUGAGAGGGAUGAGUGCGCAUACCAAGAGAUGAUUACCCACCUUCCCCUUUGCUCCAUCAAAGAUCCCAAGAAGGUGUUGGUUAUUGGAGGAGGAGACGGUGGUGUUCUGCGUGAGGUUUCACGACAUUCCUCUGUGGAACAAAUUGACAUUUGUGAAAUUGACAAGAUGGUGGUAGAUGUCUCCAAGGAAUUUUUCCCUCAUCUGGCUGUUGGAUUUGAGGACCCUCGGGUAUCAUUACACAUCGGAGAUGGGGUGGCCUUUUUGAAAAACGUUCCAGAGGGUACUUACGAUGCAGUGAUUGUGGAUUCCUCUGAUCCGAUUGGUCCUGCUCAAGAGCUUUUUGAGAAGCCUUUCUUCCAGUUGGUGGCCAGGGCUUUACAUCCAGGUGGAGUUGUAUGCACCCAGGCAGAGAGCAUUUGGCUACAUAUGCACAUCAUUGAAGACAUUGUUGCCAAUUGUCGCCAAGUUUUCAAAGGCUCGGUUAACUAUGCUUGGACAACAGUACCUACAUACCCUAGCGGUGUGAUUGGCUUCAUGCUUUGCUCCACCGAGGGGCCUGCUGUUGAUUUCCAGCACCCUGUUUUUAACAUUGAGGAGGAUGAGCAUUCUACAAAAUCGAAAGGACCGCUGAAGUUCUACAACUCCGAGAUCCACACAGCAUCAUUUUGUUUGCCCUCUUUUGCAAAGAGGGUCAUUGGAUCAAAGGCCAACUAGAUGCCAAGGGAUUACAUCAAGUCUGGUCAGUUGGAUCAAGUACCUUAGGAACAACACAAAAUUUGUUGUAGCAUGAAAAGGGGAUGCAUCUCCUUUUUUCCCUUUGAAAUAAGCAUCGGAGAUGAGAUGCUAGCAGUUAUCGGAGUCGUCGAACCAUAUGAUUCUGUUAGUCAUAUGUCUUGGCUGCCUGGUGCAGCCAUGAAAACAUUUUGCGAUAGCUGUUUUCGGCAGUCCUCAGAUCAUUUUAUCAAUAUGAGUUUUGGCAUCAUGUAUUGUGUUUC